AUGAGUCUUUUUCCUACUCCUCAAAGAAAUAACCACCUUGUUGAAUUCAAUGCAGGCAAAGUUAUCAGAGAAGGUAACUUGCUAAAGCCAGACUUAAGAAAAGGUGUUGUUUAUAUGGACCAGGAUUUUAUUAUUUUCCCUGACGAAGCAGAAUUGACACGCGUUGAACAAUGUACAACAGGUCGUGUAUAUUGCCUUAAGUUCAAGUCUUCAAGUCAAAAAGUGUUCUAUUGGAUGCAAAGCAAGAAUGCCGACAAAGAUGAAGAACACGUUAGUCGUGUCAAUCAGCUUAUCAAUGAUCCUCAAAGCGCAUCUAAUGAUGGUAUUAGUCGCGAUGGUGAUCUUGAGUAUGAGACAAGUGCUCAUUCUGACUUGAUGCAAAUAUUAGGUGGUAGUCAAGGUGAUUUAGACAUGAAUAUGACACAAGACAACCUGCUACAAUUCAUUCAAAAUGCAGGUGGUUUAGGCAGUCUGUCUUCAGCCUUACCUACUGAUAAUAACAGUGGAACAGUCAUUCCUAACUCUAAAUGGACAGAAUUACAUGCUAAACUUGCAGAAGUGAAUGCACCAACAGAACCUGCUUCACUUGAAUUAGGUGAUGCCACAAGCACUGAGGCUAUUAAAACCAUGUUGAAUGAUUCAGAUAUUCGAUCUGCUCUCUUUCCUUUUGUGAGUCAGAGCACAGAACGUUCUGAUCAAGACAUUGAACAAUUGAUUCAAAGUCAACAAUUUCAACAACGAUUACAGGUUUUGCAUGCUGCACUUCAACAAGACGCGUUGACAAGUGUUGUUGAAGCAUUGGAAACUGAAAAAGAUAUCAAAAGUUUUCUGAAAGCAGUUGAAGAACAAGCCAAGCGUAAAGCAGCACAUCAAGACGCUGAUGCUAUGGAUGAAGAUUAA